GAAUGAUGAGUAUUGGUAGUGUGAGUGCUGCAUCCAAGAUCAAGGGGUUAUUGACUAAGAGAGGGAGUUGUUAUGAAAUACUUGUUUUCUGAGGAGCCAUAGAUGAGUGGAGAAGAUUAAUGAGGUUACUAUGCAGAGAGACUAAGCAGUAUUAUGAAGAGAAGAAGAAUGAAUUUAAAAAUCUUUGAGCAUUUAAAUAUGGAAAUUCAUGGAAGGUUAUAAGAUUAAUUCGAAAGUAUAUCACUAAUAAAGCGACCAAAGCAAAUAUGUUUGAUUUUAUUUUGCAGCCAGAUUCUGAGAAAUGCUCUUCACUCUGAGAUAGGAUAGUUGAUAAUGAUCUGAGUAUCCCUAACUUCAGGUCUCUCUUCUUGAAAGCUUCAAAGGAUAUGACCAAAAUUCCAGUUAAAUAGUAAAAGUUUUGAAAAUAUAAAGAGAUUUGUUGACCACUUAUUGGUGAAAUAUGCUGAAAGUAAAGAAUCAAAUUCUCCUCAAGUUCCGUUCAAGACUUUAAUCCUUGAUGGCAGAUUGUUUAAAAUCGCAUUAGUCUCCCACAUUGUAGAUAAAUUACUCAUGAUCACAGAAGCUAAAGUGGACAUUAUUAUCAAGAGCGAUUUACAUUUUGAUGAACUUUCAGAGAUAUUCUUGAAAAUCUGUAAGUUUAAGGAAAUAGUUUUUAUCAAUAUGAUUCCCCAGAUAAAAGCAAUCCUUCCUUUUUGACAAAAAAUUAUACAAAAUAAAUUAGAGCAUAUUUACCUAAAAGAGAGCUGAAUAUAUUAUUAUACCAGAAGAGGAGACGAAUUAUCCCUCAAAAAAUUCUCAAACUCUGUAACAGACUUUUUCUACUACCUAAAAAUCUCCAAAAUCCACUUAACCCUCAAAUCAGUCACCCUCUCCCUCACCGAUAGCACAGGUAACUUCUCUCUCUACCCCCUAAAGUUCAAACAGAGACUUUCCCAGCUGCCUAACUACUUCAGGAACCACCUUAGAUCCCUCGAUCUAAAGUUCAGAUUUAAGUUUAUUUCUAAAGUAGCUAAAAUUACAGGAAAAGUUAAUUUUUGAUUUUUUAGGUAA